GAGGUCGGUCAGUCUAUGCGAAGCACGGCACCAUGGACGGCUUCAUCUGCGCGCUGGUUGUCCUGGCGGCCGUGGUCGUGUACCUGGGGUGGCGGCAGGGCCCGGAGCACGACCUGACGGGCAAGGUGGUGCUGCUGACGGGCGCCGGCGGGGGGCUGGGGCGGCUGCUGGCGGUAAACCUGGCGGAGCGGGGCUGCCGGGUGGCGUGCGUCGACCUGGCCACCAAGCCCAACGAGGAGACGGCCUCCAUGGUGCACGCCCGGGGCCGGCAGCAUGGCGCCCAGCCACUGGCCAAGGCCUACACCGCGGACCUCACCAAGAGGGAGGCCAUCUCGGCCCUGGUGGAGGACGUCAUCAAGGACUUCGGCCAGAUUGACAUCCUGGUGAACAACGCGGGGCAGCUGCAAGGUGGCGCGAUUUGGGACCUGAGCGACGCCCAGAUGGACCUGGUGCUGGACGUGAACCUGCGCGCCUGCAUGCUGCUCGUCAAGGACGUGAUGCCCCACAUGAAGGCGCGGCGCUCGGGGCACAUCGUGACCAUCAGCUCCAUCGCCGCCCUCGCCCCCACCCUCAACACGUCGGCCUACGCGGCCACCAAGGCGGGCGUCAGUCAGUUCAUGGAGUGCCUGUACUACGACCUGCAGAGCCAGGGGCUCCACGAGAACAUCCACGUCACCACCGUCCAGCCGUACUUCAUGAACACCUUCUCGCAGCUGGAGGACGCCGUCAAGUAUAAUGGUCCGCUCGGCAAGCUGCUUUUCUCGUUCAUGGACGCCAAGGUCAGCGCGCGGACCAUAACGAAAUGCAUCGCGACUCGACAGCACGUGGCCAACCUGCCCGCCCACCUUGGAUUCACCGCCAGCCUGCUGCGCCUCUUCCCCAGGGCGGCGAUGGGCUUCGUCAUCGAGUCCCUCGCCAAGCCGGACAUGAAGAUCUUCGACUACAGCGCGACCCGCCACGGGCGCCAGCUCGCGGAGAAAUGACAUCGUUCCAGCUGCCGGUGUCCGCGACCGCAACGAGGACCCCACUCGGAGUUCUCUGCGGCCUUCAUGACCUCCUGGAGGGUGAUCUCGACGUUGGGGUUGUGACGGCUUGGCUGCUUCGGGCUUCAAAACGAAACAUGACACAGUAUUCACUUUA